AUGUCUGACGCAGGAAGAAAACCAUUCACUGACAAAGUUACCGAGGCUGUCAAGCCUGAUAGCGAGAAGUCUAUCUUGGAGAAGGGCUCUGAGACCGUUACUGACGCUGUUGACAACUUUGCUGCCAGAAACGUUCCAAACCUGGAGAAGUCUUUCGGUCAGUCUAUUGCUGACAACGCCAAGGUUGGACACGACGAUGCUAAGGCUGCUGUUGAGAAGGAGCACGCCAAUGCCCAGCAGCAGGGUGCUACCUUGGCUGAGACUGCCAGCGAGUACCUUGAGAGUGCUAAGGAGCAGGUUGCCAACGCUGCUGAGUACGUUUCCCUGGUUGUCACUGGUGCCACCGAGGGAGCUAAGACUGCUGCCAACGAUUCCAAGAAGUAA